AGACGCAGAUCGAUCUGCUGCUCUCGUUUUGUAGCGUUUUGAUGUCGCAUCCGUUUCAUUGCUCUUGACGAUUUUAUGUUUGCAUUCUUCGUUUUUGUUUUCGGUGGAGCUCACCAACUCGAAUGAUUAAAAUCACAAUUAAUUUCUAAAACUGAAAUAACUUUUUAUUAUGAAAUUUUGUAUUUUCCUAAUAUAUUAAGUAAAUUGAGUACAGAGUCAUCAUGAAGAAAACUGUGGCGACUUUCUUGGAACCAAUGACACGUUUCCGGUUAAAGAAGAUUUUAUUAUUGUACUGCCUAAGCGGAUUGUUUGGGAUUUUCUUUACAUUAUUUAUGUUCACCGCCGCUUAUGCGGCAUUUUAUACACAGGAGCUGUGUCCACUUGUAUCUCCCCAUUUAAAGGGAAAGAUUAUGCCGCUGUUAGUCGUAUUAUCCGAUGCGCAAAUUGCGCACACCAAUCCGGAAGUACAGCGCGGUGGGCACUACGAACCGGCGGAAUGUCUGGCUAGGUCACGCGUAGCCAUCGUUGUCGCCUACCGGGAUCGGGCAGAGCAUUUACGUAACCAGACCACUUUUUCCUUAUUUACCUAUUAACUUUUGCGUCAAUGGUAGCUUUUCAGAUUUAUUGCAAUAUAGUCGUUACAAUAUUCUGCUUAUUUUUCAGAAAUGUUUUAAGAAAUCUCCAUCCAGUGCUUCAGCGCCAGCAACUGGAAUAUACGAUCUUCGUGGUAGAGCAAUCAGGAACCGGGGUUUUUAACAAAGGUAUCCUCUUCAAUGCCGCUUAUAUGGAAAUCAACGCCACCCGGCGUUUUGAUUGUUUUGUCUUUCAUGACGUGGAUGUUUACCCGGAAGACGAUAGGAACUCGUAUGCAUGCCGGUCACAACCGACGCUGCUGGUGGCCGCCAUGAGCAAGUUUGAUUAUCAGCCACUGUAUUCGGAUUAUUUCGGGGCGGCGGUUACGCUGCUGGUGUCGCAUUUUGCCGAAAUCAACGGCUACCCAAAUUUGUACUGGGGAUGGGGCGGUGAAGAUGACGAUAUUGGAUACCGGGUAAAGAAGCGAUUCGGUAACAUCUCCACGGUGCCGUUGGACACCGGUCGGUACACUAUGGUGCCGCAUGGCAGUGAUCAAGGCAACCCGAAAAAUCCUCUCAGAUUUGAUUUGGUUAACGAAUCGCAUCUGCGGUAUAAAACCGAUGGCCUGAACAGUUUGAAGUACACCCUGGUGGCCACCGAGCGCCGGCCGCUGUACACGUGGCUGCUGGUGGAUGUCGGGAAGCCGACGCCGGAGGAAGAACGGGCGAUGAGGGAGGCGUUAGAACGACCCCGAUGGGAUGCCGACUACAUGGGCUAUGUUUUUAAAUAAACUAUUUUUUUUUGUAAUUUUUAGUACAGAUAGACUGGCAUUUUGUACUUUAAAUUAUUUGGAUCUGUGAACCGUUAAGACAGCUAAUAUAAAAGCGCAGUGUGAUGGUUGUUGAUGUUUGUUUUUAUUGUUUUAUUUAUUGUACACCAUGGCAAAAUGUAUUAAGUACUGUACUGUAUCAGUAUGCGGUGAACAUUGAGACAAGUCUGCGAAAUACUGUAAAUUA